AUGUUCGGCAUUCUUGAGGCAGUCACAGUACCCCAUUCGGGGAUCUUCAACAGCUAUGAGGAACUUUUCAAGGAACUCAGUGACCGCAUGGAAAAGGAGGGUUACAAAAUUGUCAAAGCUAGAUCCCACCGAGGAAAGGUGGGCGGUGCAGACAUCCCAGGAAACGACAUAGUACGAUGCGAUCUCGUUUGCGAUCGAGGCGGCCGGCCGUAUCGCUGUAUGGCGACGAAACACAAGACAACUACCAAGAAGACCGAUUGUCCUUGGAAAGCAAAGGCUGUUCAUCGAAAAACUAUGGGUGGAUGGGUUCUUACAAUCACCUGCGACCAACACAAUCACGAACCAGGCACUCCCGAACCACCGACUCCCGAACCCGAAAGCGAAGACGGAAACAAUAUUGUUGAGGACCUCGAAGCUGAUCAAAGCUUGGAUGCGGAUGGCACACCACUGCUGACUUGGGGAGAUGAUGCACCUCAGCCUGAUGUCGAAACUUCAGCUGCUAUUAGGGUUGCAGGUGUCUCCGAGGCAGUUCUUCGUCUGACUGGUGAUACCUUUCAUCAAUUCAAGAGCGAAUACCGAAAGAUGGCACAUCCAGAUCGAGUUAGCAUCUUGUCAAAUCUUCAACUUCGCAUCGCCGCCAUUUAUGCUGUCCAGAAUGAGGAUUUGCAGAGACAAAAGCGCCAAGAGGCCCAAGACAAGCGACAUCGGCAGAUUGAAGAGACCAAGAGACAAAAUUCGGUAAAGCAACGAGCUAGGCAGCGUCGCCAACAGGUUGAGCAGAAUCAGCAGAAUCAGCAGCAGCAAAUGCACCAUAUUCAGCAACAACCUUUACCACAGACGCCUCAGGUUCAACCUCAAGUUCAGCCACAAGCUCAGUCACAGGCUCAAUCACAGGCUCAAGCGCAAGCCCAUGCUCAAGCCCAGGCACAGGCUCAGGCACAAAAUCAGAUGAUGCUGCAGUCACAACUGUAUCUUCCGCAGAAUUCGCAACCGACUCCAAUUCCUGUGCCUAAUAUGGAUAUGCCACAGUUCCAGCAUUACGUCGGUCCCCCUAAGAGGAUGCGCGGACGGCCAUCACAGGGUGGCUAG